AUGAGUGAAAAACGUGACAUUAUGGUAAAUGAAUGGAUAAGUUGGCAUACAGCCACAUUAAUCCUUUUGGGAUUGGCCCUACUGACUUCGUUUUUGUCGAUAUGCCUUGGAAUGUGCUCAUGCUGCUAUGGCUCUCUUACUCUCGUUUUUACAGCCCUUACUCUUCUGACAACAUUACUUUCUGCUGUGGCUGAGGGCAUCUUUUUCUUCUAUUCCCAUCGUGCUGAUAAUCGCUUCAUCAAGGGUAUCGUUGGUACUUAUGAGACUUUGGCGCGAUUUUCACAAUUCUGCUUUUCAGCAACGGGUUGGACUCGCCUUCUUCUUGCAAAUGGCUGCCGCCUUCUUCCAUUUCCUCUCAUUCCUCGUGGCAAUGGUCUCAACCUACUUCUCUUUCUCAGCUGCCAAAGAUGCCCAGGAUCACUACAGCCUUCAGCGCAGCUCACGAACGAAUGUCACAAAUAUAGGAAGGUGAGUUAUAAGAAUUUGCUUUCGCCUGAAUCAAUGGAAUUUGAUGCUCCAUUAAUGUAUCAAUCACAAACACCUCAACCAAGCAUACGACAACCAUAUUCCAAACAAGAAGAGUAUGAUCGACAUGUUGCUGAAAGUAUGCCGGAACUGGGAAUGACC